UUGUUCGACAAGCCCACAUAUGAGAAACUGUACAAGGAAGUGCCCCAGUACAAGCUGAUCACACCCGCCGUCGUCUCUGAGAGGCUGAAGGUCAGGGGAUCCCUCGCCAGGAGAGCACUCAUUGAGCUCAGGGAGAAGGGUUUAAUCAAACAAGUAGUCCAGCACCACGGACAGGUCAUCUACACUAGGGCCACCAAGGGUGAUGACCCCGUCGCAUAAGAUUAUGUAUAAGUAAAAAAUAAAAAAAUCCAUAAAA